AUGAUCCGCACCCAAAGAUCCCCCACCCGCCGGAUUACUAUGACCCCAAGGACCCCAACAACCCGCAUAGACAGCCCGAGGCGCCGCCCCCCCCCGGAGCCCUCAAAGACCACCAGCACCACGCCCCCAACGCAGACGCCAAAGCCCCCAACCUUAGACUUAUGCGUUAGCGACCCCUGCUAUAGCGGGAUAUUCAUUAUUGACGGCAAUAUUCAAACCGCUCCCGAUAUCUACGAAGCGGCCAAUAACAACUUCGCCAUUGAUCAAUGCGGCACCGACAUGACCUUUAUCAAUGAAGGUCCGGAUAUCUUCGACUGCGGCUUCCAACUGGAAAUCGAUGGCAAGAAGUAUACCCCGCGGAAGCUAUACCCCCAGGCCGAUGAUAAUCCAUGCUCAGGCCACUGCGAUACGUCUUCGAAUACGGGGCUUUUGUUGUAUGAGGACCUAGAGGUACCGUGGUGUUGA